GAGAGUUUUUACAUUAUUCAUCCUUAGAAAAUGGCAGCCUGCGGUCGUUCUGUAGGUUGCCGACUGCAAUGUUUAAUCGAGCGUUCUAAUCAAUUGAAGUCUGUUUGUGUACAAUCUGUAAGGUACAGAUGGAAACCACCUGAUAGGGAUCUCGAAGUUUUGCCAUCUUUUUCCGAAAGACUUUCAGAAUUCAAGGCAAACCAUGAGGUCCCCCCAGCAAGUACUGGCAUCAACGUUGGCUUCCCGUUCACCAGCAGCACUAAUCGGAAGACGUCCUUGCAAAAACUACAACAGUGGACCAAGACAAAAGCUGGAAAGGAGAAGGCCGCCCGCCACAGACAGUUGAAAAUAGAUUUGGAGGAAGUGCACAGAGAGUGGAGCGUAGAAUCCAGGCCCAGGCAUGUCUGCAAGGUUGCUCAACACUACGGCCUCUACCAAGACAUGUUUGAUGGGGCUCAUUUCUACCCCGUCGUUCCUCUCGACGUUUGGUUUGACUACGAUGAGGAGUUUGUCACCCCGGUGCGCUACGGGAAUGUCAUUCCUGCCAGAGAGGCUGAAGUGCAACCAUGUGCUGAGUUUGAGGCGGAGGAGGACAGCUUGUGGACACUUGUGAUGUCUAGUCCCGACGGCAACCUGGAGCAGAAUGACAGGGAGUUGCUUCACUGGAUGGUAGGAAACAUCCCCGGUGGCGACGUGGAAAAGGGUGAGACUCUGUGCAAGUACCUGCAGCCGUUCCCGGUGAAAGGGGCGGGAUUCUUGCGCUACGUGUUUGUCCUCUACAAACAGCAGCGGCCCCUAGAUCUCGACAGCCUCAGGAGGUCCUCGGAUGGUUACUCUUUGCGAGAAAGAUCGUUCAGCACCCUCGACUUUUAUCGCAAGUUUGAGGACAGCCUCACUCCGGCUGGGCUUGCUUUCUUCCAGAGUCAAUGGGACAGUUCUGUAAGGUCUACCUUCCACAACAUUCUAGACAUGCCAGAGCCCAAGUUUGAGUUCAUUCACCCCCCAGCCUACGUUCCAGAACAACUGGAAGUGCCACACAGACGAGCCUUCAACAUGUACUUGGAUCGUUACCGCGAUGUGAAAGAUCUACAGGAAGAAGUUCUCAGGUACAAAUUGAAGGACAAAGACCCGACAAAGCCGCCUCCGCCCCAGCCCAAGUUCAACAACAUCGACCUACUUCCCUCGACGACUUCCUCCUGGCUGAGGGGCAAAGUGCAGCACAUGCGCAUAGGAAAGUUCCACUGGAAGUCUGUGUAUGAAGAGCCCAAAGAAUGAGAGUGAUAAAAGAGAGAACGGUGGCAUCGUGUAUGAGAGUUUGUUGUAGUGAUGAGUAGGAGUGGAUUAUUCUGUGAACUAUUUGACUGGUGAAUGAGAAAUUGGGACAUUAACCCCUUCACUGCCGACUAUAAGCUACAUAGCUGUGCCGGGGAAAAUUGUUCCAAUUACUUCAAGCGUCACAUUGAGCCCCUGACUCAGAAACUCAAUUGAAAUCAUUAUCAUCACUGUUACAGUCAUUCAUAUUUUCGUCUAGAACUUCUGCAGCUAAAUAGGAAGGUUGAUAUACUGGUCUGUUGGAAGCCAUUGCGAAAAGAAAACCCCCCCCCCCCAAAAGCAGAACUCAGAACGUCACCUCUUCACUUCAUCAAAACAAAGAAAAUGACGUUCAGAUCCACGGGAGACUACUGCAAUAUCAAUGAGGAUUAGUUGUGACACAGUUUUGUCCCUUAAAAAGGUGGAAAAUUACACAAAAAAUGACUUCAUCAUAGGCCCGUCGAAUCAACGGGCACAUGGCACAGGGAAGCACUUCUUGGCCCGCUGAUUCAGCCGGGGCAGUGAAGGGGUUAAGAAUGAUGAGUUUCAGAGAUGCACGUGUAUUGUUCUGGAGAACUUGUGUUUUAUUUGACAGUGCCACUUCAAAUGCUUUUGUUUGAAAGCCUAAGUUGUUUGUGUUUUUGUAUUGAAUCCCAAAUCAUUAACUGCAGUGUUUGAUAGCUAAAUGUCAAGGUGAAUGUUUUCACGGUUUCAUUGCCUUUGAAGAAAUACUACUUUCAUUUGUUCAAAAAGAAGUGCUUUUGCAGCCUCUCGCAGUGCUCAUGAGGCCAAAAUCAAAAUCAUCUACUGCUAGAUAUGCCUGCUGUACUGGGUCAUGCCAUCUUUUCAACCUGCUAACUUCAUAGCUUCAUGUGUGUCUCUUCCUGGAAAAAAAGCUUAAUAAACUGUUGUAUGAAAUGUUUUCAAAAGUU